AUGGCGACGUACUAUCAUGGGAAUCCGGAAAUCCAAGGAGGAGGCGGAGGCAGCGGCGGUGAUGGUUUACACACUCUGAUUCUAAUGAACCAUGCUGGCUACGUUGGAUACUCCGACAACCAACAGCCACCUCAGCAGCAACAGCAACCUCCUCCUCCGGGCAACUUCGUUUUCCUCAACUCCAACACUCCUGGAGCUGGAGGUGGCGGUUCAGCUCACUCUCUCAACUUCACCCACGCGCCGCCUCCCUCCCACACCCAACAGUUUGUCGGCAUCCCUCUGAAUGCCAGCGCCACCACCACUUCCGUCGCUGAGCAGCAGCAGGACAUCGCCGCCCUUCAUGGGUUCUUCCCUCGGGUUCAGUACAACUUAUACAGCCCAACAGCCGUGGACCUUGGAGCGGCGCGUGAUAUCUCACAUGCCCCGCAAGGUCUUUCUCUCAGCCUCUCUUCCCAGCAAUCCGGAUUCGGGUCUUUCCGGCUGGAACGUGAUGCGCCUUCUCAGGCUCAGGUGAACGCCAUAUCGCCAACCAGCGGCGGUGGAGGCGGCGCUGGCGCUGAUGACGUGAGGGUUUCGGGCGGAUCAUCUUCGUCGGCAUCGGGAAUUUCCAACGGCGUCAACGGCAUGCAAAGUGUAAUUUUGAGUUCCAAGUACUUGAAAGCAGCCCAAGAGCUUCUUGAUGAAGUUGUGAGCGUUGGGAAGGGAGUGAAAAACGGUUCGGGAUCGGCCAAAAAUGGUAACAAUAAUGAUGGUCAAGCCAAUGAAGCCGGAGAGUCGUCCGACGUGGCCGCCGGGGCUGCCACCGGAGAUGGCCAAAAUGGUAGUAGAGACAAUAACUCCAAGCGUGGCUCAGAGCUGAGUACCGCCGAGAGACAGGAAAUUCAGAUGAAGAAAGCAAAACUGGUCAACAUGCUUGAUGAGGUGGAGCAGAGAUACAGGCAGUACCAUCAUCAAAUGCAAAUCGUGAUUUCUUGGUUUGAGCAAGCAGCCGGAAUCGGGUCCGCAAAGACUUACACUGCCCUGGCUUUGCAAACCAUUUCAAAGCAGUUCCGGUGCCUCAAAGAUGCUAUUUUAGGCCAGAUUCGAGCUGCCAGCAAGAGCUUGGGCGAGGAAGAUAAUCUGGGAGCCAAAAUUGAGGGCUCCAGGCUUAAAUUUGUUGAUAAUCAGCUAAGGCAACAAAGGGCUCUUCAGCAAUUGGGUAUGAUCCAGCAUAAUGCUUGGAGACCCCAAAGAGGUCUGCCUGAGCGCUCUGUUUCAGUUCUUCGUGCUUGGCUCUUUGAGCACUUCCUCCAUCCUUAUCCCAAGGAUUCCGACAAACUCAUGCUUGCAAAGCAGACAGGGCUUACUAGGAGCCAGGUAUCCAAUUGGUUCAUCAAUGCCCGAGUUCGACUUUGGAAGCCGAUGGUGGAAGAAAUGUACAUGGAGGAGAUUAAGGAGAAUGAAAAGAAUGGGUCCGAGGACAAGAUGAGCAAAAGCGAACAGAAUGAAGAUUCAGGGUCCAAAUCCAAUCCUCUUGAAGAUAAGACUUCCAUCUUGGAGAAUCAAAACAACAAAGGUUUCAUAACAAAACAGGACCACUUCACAAACCAAAACAUCAGCGCGAGUCCUGUUUCAGUUUCCCCUUCUACUUCCCCGACUGGAUUAAACAUUCACAACCAGCCAGCUUUCAACCUCAUUGGAUCCCCUGAAAUGGAUAGUAUGACACAAGGAAGUCCAAAGAAGCUUCGAGGAGGCGUCGAGAUGUUGCAUUCCCCGAACAGUGUUCCGUCAUUGAGUAUGGAUGCAAAGCACAAUGACUCAAACAAUGACCACCUGCCGAUUAAAUUCGGCGCCGAGAGGCAGAGCAGGGACGGGUUCUCAUUGCUGGGAGCACCAACAAACUUCAUUGGAGGUUUCGGUACAUACCCAAUCGCUGAUAUUGGCAGGUUUAGCGCAGAGCAAUUUCCAGGGCCAUAUUCAGGGAAUGGGGUGUCCCUGACUUUGGGACUACCCCAUUGUGAAAAUCUCUCGAUUUCAGGAGCUCAUCAGAGUUUCCUCCCUAACCAAAACAUACAAUUGGGCAGAGGAGUUGAAAUCGGCGAAGCAGACGAGUAUGGCAGCUUAAACACCCCUACAUCUAGUCACUCGACUAGUGUUUACGAAACCAUCAACAUUCAGAACCGAAAAAGGUUCGCCGCCCAAUUGUUGCCAGACUUUGUAACCUGA